AUGUUCAGCGCCCUCGCCUCCCCUCGUGCCGCCGUCGUCGACGUCCGCGCGAGUACGUCCAGCGGGGAGAAGCACAAAACACGCGUGGCGACGAAAAUGCGCCUCGCGCGUCGUGACGCCGUCGACGGUGACGACUCGUCGUGCUGGAGCGUCCUCAAGGGAUGCUUCGACAGCCACUUCCGAUUCCACGCCGCCUCGGAGCAGUUUCUCGACGCCCCGCGCCACGUUCCGUUGGACGAGCGCCACGGCGUGCACACAUCGUGCGACGCGUUCGCCUACGACGAGCACCUCGUGCUCGUCUACAGUUGCGAGGAGGACGGAUACUGCGCCAUCUGGGAUCCUUACACCGGCCCGAGGGUCGUGAACGAGCAGGACCUCGGCGACGAAUGCGUCCUGGCGUGA